AUGACUGCUAUAUUCCCAAAUUCAAAUAUCCCAUUUUAUUAUUGGGCUAGCACCAAUGCACAACCACAACAACCACAACAAUCAAUACAACAACAACAACAACAACAACAACAACAACAACAACAACAACAACAACAACAACAACAACAACAACAUCACCACCAUCAAAAUAUUCCUCCUACACCACAACCAAUUUUUUCACCACAAUUAAUAAAUAAAAAUUUCGGAUGCUAUGGAACAUCGAAUCAAAUCCCAAUGAUUCCACAAGCAUUAUUCCCACAACAAACAUUUAAUUACUCUGGAUUACCAUUAUGUCCAUCACCACCAAACUAUAAUAAUUAUCAUACAAUCACAAAUUCACCACCACAUCAAAUUCAUUCACCACAAUUAACUAUAGAUCAACAUUCACCACCAACUUGUGUUAGUGGUGAAUUAUCACCAACUCCAUUAUCUUCUUCAACUGGUUUCUCAAAUAAUAAUAAUAAUAAUAACAAUAAUAAUAAUAAUAAUAAUAAUAGUAAUAGUAAUAAUAAUAUUAAUAAUAAUAAUAAUAAUAAUAUAAAAAGAUCAUAUUCUGCAAUGAUGGAAGAAAAUAAUUAUCCAAACAAUAAUAAUAAUAAUAAUAAUAAUAAUAAUAAUAAUAAUAAUAAUAAUAAUAAUAAUAAUAAUAAUAAUAAUAAUAAUAAUAAUAAUAUAAUAAAUAAUAAUAUAAAUAGUAGUGGUAGUAUAAGUAGUUAUAGUAAUAAUAGUUGUAUUGAAGAUGAUUACUCAUCCGAUAAACAUUGCUCAGAUAAAGAAUCCUCAAAUGAUUGUGACGACGACGCCGAUAGUUAUUUCGAGGAAUAUGAGGACGACCAAGAAGCAAUAAGAGUAUCUAUUACACCAUUUGUCAAUUUAAUUUGUAAAACACCUGGUAUCACUAUACCAAUUAUAAAAAUAUUUUCUGAAUGUUCAAAAGAAGAAAUUACUGUAAAACAAAUGUUAUUAAAAGUAAGUUUAUUUUUAAAAAUAAUAAUAAAAAUUAAAAUUAAAAUUAAAAUUAAAAUUCUAAUUUUUUAUUUUUUAUUUUUUAAAAAGAUAAAAAAUUUAUGUUUAGAAUUUAAUUUAGAUAAUUCAAUUCAUAAUACAUUAAUUCAUUCAUUAGUUAAAAUUGAUGGCGAUAUUAAAAUGGUUAAAUAUUUAAUUGAUAAUGGUAUCUCUGAACAAGAAUUAGAAUUUACUAAAGAUAUUUUAUUAACAUCAAACUCUCAAGAGAUUAUAAAGAAAAAGAGAGAAAGAAAGAGAGAGAGUAUUAGUAGGGGUAUAAGAUCACCACCAAAUAAAUGGACAAAGGAAGAGAGUCAAAAUCUAAUUAAAUUAGUAACAGAGAAUGGUGAUAAACAAUGGAAAAAGAUAGCUACCAAAUUGGGUGGUGGUAAAACUGGUGCUCAAUGCGCUCAACAUUGGAAACGUGUUCUCUCGCCAGAGAUUAAAAAAGGCUCUUGGGACGAAGCUGAAGAGGAGCUCUUGUUUCAAUUGGUUGAUAAACAUGGUCAAAGUUGGAAAAAUGUUGCAAUUGAAAUUAAAACUCGUACAGAUAUUCAAUGUCGUUAUCAAUACUUUAAAGCCAUAAUGUCAAGACAAACUGAAUGGAAUCAAUUGGAAGAUGAUAUCUUGACUAAAAAAAUUAAAUUAAUGACCCAAAAUAAUGAAAAAAUCUCUUUUCAACAAGUUUCUAAACAUUUAGCAAGAGCUAAAACUACCAAAAUUCCAAGAACUGCUUUAGAAUGCAAAUCAAGAUGGUCACAAUUAAAUUCAACAAAUGUUAAUAAUAAUAAUAAUAAUAAUAAUAAUUCAAUAACGACAUCAUCAUCAAAUACAAAUCAACAACAACAAUCGACAAUGGUAACACCAACUUCUUCUCCUUUAUCAUCUCCAAUUCCAAUGUCAACUCCAAUAAUUAAUAAUUCAAUGCCACAACAACAAGUUCAACAAAUUCAACAACAACAAAUUUCAAUCCAACCAUAUCCUCAAUCAUUUAUUCAAGAAACUCAAGGAUUUUAUAGAGGUAACGAUCAAAUGCAAUACCAUAUUCAAAAUCAAACAAUUCCACAAUAUCAUCACCAACAUAAUAACAAUCCACUUUUAAUGCUGUAA